AUGCGAUGGACCGAGCUGCGAACCGGCAUCGAGGUGUACGAAAAAGGCGGACGAGUGGUCGGCGUGUCAAAAGUCGCAGCCAAGCAGGCGGUCACUGAUACAACUCUUGUGAGGGCCUUCCUACCUGUACCGCUGCUUCUGGCUCCGCCCUGCAUAAUGCCGUUUCUUGAGAGGUUACAAAUGGGUCACCGUUCCCAAACGCACGUUCGUCAUCUCUUUGUGAACGCAAUCGUCUGUACGCUUUCCUUCGCUGCCAGUUUGCCGGUCGCUCUGGCGCUGUUCCCACAGGAGAGCACUAUAUCCAUUGAAAGACUGGAGCCGGAAAUCCGAUCCAAAACCACUGCCACGGAAUUGUUUUACAACAAAGGAUUAUGA